AAAAACAAUUUCCAUUUAUAUAGCGCUAAAUUGAAACUGUUGUUGCUCAACUAAACAAACCAUCAUUGUAAAUACGCAAAUUUGUUUCUGUAAAAUGCAUUGUUUAUGCAAGAGCGACUACAAAAACAAAAUUAACUGGAAGAGCAAUGGCAGACAUCCAAGUUUUAAAGUUCAUAAGCUUUGGACAAAAUGGCGGUUUUUAGUGGAACGGUAUUAUUUGUAUCAUAGCUGGAGAGGUCACACUGCGUGAUAAAAAAAGUGCAGUCACGGUCACACUGGCGAGCAGAAUUUCAUACGUUUUUGUUUCCUUUUGGCCAUAUUUAUUAUUGUUAAAAUUGGAGCAAUGCCAGCUGCUGUGCGCAAGUUCCGCCGCGAGAUCAGUGAAAUCAGCUGCUGCCUGAAGUACCUUCUGUUUGCCAGCAAUGUAAUCCUGUGGCUCUCGGCCCUACUCGUCCUCUCCGUUGGCAUCUGGGCCUGGAGCGAGAAGGGCAUGUUCCGCAACAUUACUCGGCUGCACUUUAUCGCCCUGGACCCCGCCUUCGUGCUCAUCAUCCUGGGAGGCGUCACCUUCCUACUGGGUUUCAUGGGCAGUGUGGGCGCCUUGCGCGAGAACACCUGUCUCCUUGGGGCGUACGCCAUCUUCCUGAGUGUCCUGCUUAUUGCAGAGAUCGGCUUCUGUGCCGUGGCCUUCGUGCUCAAGGACAAGGGCUGGAUCAAAGACCAGGCCACGGAGGGACUAAAGGCCUUCAUCCGCCACUAUCGCGAGGACGCAGACCAGCAGAAUCUCAUUGACUGGAUCCAGGAGGAUUGGUUGCAGUGUUGCGGCAUUGAUGGUCCAAAGGACUGGGACGGCAACAACUACUUUAACUGCUCGUCCAUCGCUAUUGGCAGCAGGGAGGCGUGUGGAGUGCCCUUCUCCUGCUGCCGCAGGCGUCCCCAGGAGGUGAUUAAAAACAAGCAAUGCGGAUACGAUGUUCGAAAGGAGGGAUAUCCGGUGGAUAGGAAUAUACAUGAGCGCGGCUGCUUGCGCGCUGGCGAGGAUUGGCUGGAGGCCCAUCUCAUAAGUGUGGCGAUCGGUUGCGUGGCUCUGCUGGUCCUGCAGAUUUUGGGCAUUUGCUUUGCCCAGAACCUGCGAGCCGAUAUCUACACUCAAAAGUCAAAGUGGCACUGACAAAUGGCUAUGCCUGCUCCAACGGCCAUUUAGAAGGACACCCAAGGCAGUGAAGGAUUGGGAGCUUCGAGGUAAGCAACGUGGAGCAUCCACCACCACCAACUUCAAACAAGAAUCUGUAACUACUCAUCUACGCUCCGGUUAGUUAACUAUACUAUAAAUUCCUUGUAAACCCGUACUAGGAUGGAUCGAUUUGGAUGCACGAAAAUCGCGGGUAGAAUCUAGUCUUUGAACAAUUUUUAAUGCUAUUGCCAUAAAAACUGUGACUUGGAAGUUACGAGUGGCCCUCAGCUUUUGAUGGCAUAAAAUGUUCAUUGAUUAGAUUGUCCAUGAUUUAGCUACUUUUUGCAUCCAUAAACUCGACCCAGUUUAACCCAUAACCCCUUUUAUACUCAAGAGUACGCUAUGUGUCUAACUAAAGCAAACGCAUUCCGUCUUCGUGGACAUUGACUAAUAUUAACUAGGUUGCCAAAUUUGUUGCUGUUUUUACGUCGGCUUCCCUUUGCCCAAGAACAAAUAAGAAAAGAAAAGAGCAAAACAUUUUAAAUAGAUUUUCUAAACAUUUUACAAGUAAAGUGAAAGGAGGCAUAGGAGAAAUGAAAAAUUUAUCUUGAAAUGCAGCUGUGAUAUAUUUUUAAAGAAAAGUAUAGAAAAACCGAAAUCAAAUGCAACAAUUUCCAACAAAUCGAAUGAACAUAACACGAAUCUCAUUCCUAAACUGAACAAAUACAACCUAGCACCACGUAUAUUUGUCUUCAAAAUAAUAGUUAUUUUUAUAAGCGAAGAACAAAAUACAGUUCUGUGAAAAUGUCAAUAUCACAGAUCGAAAAAUGGAAAAAAGCAAUACCACUUGCGUAUGAAUAUUAAUGAGCUUGAACUAAAUUUAUGCACAAAUGGUUAGCUUUACAGCAUAUAAAUAUAUUUUUGCAACAAGCAAUUAUAAUUGAGUAAAAAGUAAGCCAAUUGCUGGUUUAAUUGCUUAAAAGCGCACUUGUAACAUGAUUCACAAGGAAAACAUUGAUUCGCUCUUGUACCUUUUUAAAUCUAUAUUGCAAAGAGAUGAUAUUAUUAUUUAUCCGAUUUCGCAAACAUUCUAAUCAAAAGUAGUGAAGAUUAUAAACGCCACUGCCCCGAACAGAGUAUUACGUUUUUGUGUUCUCCAAAUAGCUGGAAGGUCCAAUGAACUGUCACUUAAAUAACUAUAGAACUUGCCAAUCUUAGUCAGAUUAAAAAAUAACUAAUUGAACUAACAGUAUCCAACCGUUUUCCUAAACUGUUUAAAACUUUAACAACUCAGUCUGCAAACUUAUAUUUAUAAAACAGUUUAUACUUUUAUUGCUGUUUAAUAUUCAAUCGAAACUCAACGCCUACAUUGCUGUAAUGCUCAAAAAGGCGAUAGAUUUAAUGCUUUUACAUUAAAUACCAUUAGUACAUUGCAUGUUAAUAAUGAUACAAAAUAAGUCCAAAAACCUUCUAUGUUCACGUGCAUUUCAACAAUUGGUCAGAUGUGAGAGCUAAGGAAUUUUUUGUAUUUCUAAACAAUGAAAGUUUUAUGGCAGCUAUGCUACAAAGUAAUAAUUUAAAAUUAAGUUGACAAAUUGCUUAUACACUGCUCAAAAGAGAAAAGUUUUUGAUCAAAGUGUGCAUUAAAAUUGAAACCUAUUUGGUAUAUAUCCUAUCGGUUUUACUUUACAAACAUCUGGCCAAAUUACCCUGUGCAAUGUUUAAGGAAAAAACUAUGCUUAUAAAAUCGAGAACAAAAUACGAUUAAUAAUGUGUAAAAACACAAUAGUUAACAUUCUGCUAUAAUGGUAACGAAAAAGUCAAUUGAAAAUAAGCUGGAGAUCAAAUAGAGUCAGUCAUGCAAAGAUCAACAGCAGUUUAUUAAGGCGUAUAUAAACAUAGAUUUGUAAGAGUUAGAAAAUUUAUAAUAAAGCUUAACGAAGGUUGUUGACACAAGUAUCAAUCAAAAACGCUUCAAAUAAAGAAAUACCGAGUAACAAUUAA